UGAGGGAAUUGAAAAUUUGCACAUACUCAGGCUAACUUGAUAUGAAAAUUUCUGUUAAGAUAUUUUCUUGCAUCAUAAGAUUUGGCUCCCAGUAUUUCCUAUAAUAUCAAUUAUGGGUUGGUCAUGAAUGAUGAGGGACUCUUUUAUUGGUGUUUAUGAAUCAUGGAACAAUUUUGUCACUGAAUUUGGAGUUGAUUAUUAUCGCCUGCCAUCUUGAUAUUUUGUGGACUCGAGUGUUUUUCUUCCUUUUAAAUUGUAUUGCCACCCAUCUGUUUGAAGGGUUAUUUCAAUCUGAUUUGUCCUUCAUAUCUGCAGGCUGAUGAGGGAAUUCUGAUACAUAACAAUCAAGUAGCAAAAGAAGAAAUGCAAGACUUGAAAAAUUGUGGAAGCCAGCUCAUAGAGAAGCAUCAUUUACUGAUAGAAAAGCAGACACUCCGAGCUUCUGAAGUUGACAUGUCCCCAGAGGCAUUUGUGCCUCGUGUGAAUUUUGGUGGAAAAACACUUCCAAAAUCUAGGUCUAAUGUUUCCAAUAAUAAGAGAAAGCAGGGGAGGAGAAGGUCCGGCAGAGGUGGCUGGAAUCGUAGAUCCUCAGCUUAACGGGAUAAAUGAUGAUUCGAGUAAACUUGUUGAAAGAAAUGUUUUUAACCUGCUGCAAGAUUAUAAUUGUACAUGCUGCUUAUUCUGAUGUACAUCUUCUUCAACUGCUGCAACAAAAGUUUUCUACAUGCUGCAUAUUCAUUAGUCAUUUGUCUGGAUGUGCUAGUAUUAUGGUUCAAUGAUAAUUUUUUUUAAUGAAAUAUAUUUUGGAAUGUUACUCUCUAAGACAUUCAUGCACUAGAUCUUGCAGAUUUAAUUUGUUAUUAUUUUUAACAGCCAAGCUAUGGUUUUUCCUAACAUUUCUAUUUGCUAUGGCAUUGGUGACUUUCGUGUGGGCAAAUAUCAUCUCCCAAAGAGUUGUUAGGUCUCAUCUGUGGGCAGAGAGCACCACCGGCAUGAUUCUUUUUUAAUGGAUGACUGACCAGCUGACCAAGGAAAUUUUUGAACUUUUUUGGAGUCUAGCAGAGCAGAAGAGCCCUGCUUAUGAAAUGGUGGAGAACAGGAAAAAAGGGAAAUAAUGAAAGAAACUAGUGCACGCCAGAAAAGAUCUAAAGAACCUCUUUUUAGGCCCCUCGUUGAAGCUGACAGCUUCUCCCAAGCGAAGUAUCAGAUUUGAUAUUGAAAACUGUUGGAUCAUGUGACAUCAUGGAUUCCUUUCUUACUUAGACCACAAGCCAUUUCCUCUUCUUCGCAUUUUCUCCUUAUCUUAUAUUACGCGAGUCUCUUAACAUUUAGUGAUCGAGCCGGCAAAAUGGGGAUGUUUAUGAGUCUCAUGGGAGAAGGGUUGCCCUCAAUGCAUGCCACAAGUUUUGUAAUGGGAACACUGUACAAGCAAUUUUUAGAGAAAAAUAUCAGUAGCUUUGAGGAAUUCCAUAGCGGUAUUCUUGAUAUCUUCGACACAUUCAUAUCAGAAUUGCCUAUUGAAUAUUAUGACAUACCCUCCAGGAAGGAACUUGAGGCAUGUUUUAAUGAUUGGAGAAGAGCUCCAUCCCACCAAAAAGAGGAAUUGUCUGUUGGGCUUAUGAAGAAGAGCAUAAAUCUUAGCAAACUUGUUGACUCUAUCCUGGUCACUGGGAUGGUAACAGCAGCCAUGGCGGCUAAAAGAGCAGGAAACACUGUACCCCAGUUGAAGAGAAUCAAGGACAUUCCAAAUGUCAUCUUUGUGCCCUCUGUGACACUACUUUCACUCGUCUCUAUCAAACUCACAAGAUGGAUGUUCCUAGGAAGUUCAAUAUCUUGAUGACCUUAUGACCUUACACAUUUGCGAAGGAACAUUUCCAUAAAAUUAAUAUUCUGUUGUUGCAAAUAUGAUCGAUAUAUUAUCAUAAAGGAGAGUAGGACUGAUAUAGUUGGUUUUGAUUAUUUUAGCGUUCAGAUUUAGUUGAAUAGUAACAUUUCUGGAUGCAUAUUUGCUUGGUGCAAAUGAGGAGAAAUUUUAAAAUACAACUAUUGUAUAUAUAACAGUUUUAUUAUAAUUAUUGAUUAUGGUGAGUCUCAUUAUAAUCAAUGGUUGAAGUAUAUUCAUAUAUACAGCGGUUAUAUCAAAUAAAUUCUCGCAAAUGAGUGUCAAGUAUUGAGUUUGAAUUAGUGUUCAUGAUAGCUUGAUAGUCAGUGGUUCACUACUGCUUUUUUAAGAAAAUUCCACUUUUUAUAGAACAUCUUAAGUGAUCAGUACUACUGCUUUUUUUAAAAAAAAAAUUUUUUUAAAAAAAAGAAAAAAAAAAUUCUCUCCUCUCCAUUGGAGCUUCAUGCUAAUGAUCUCAACAACAAUCUGUGAACCCUUUUGUUUUCAUCAUUCUUCUUAUAGACAUGUUUUUGUGCUCACAGAUGCUAUACCAAAUGACAUUAUCCCGGAAGAGGCCGAGGAAGAAGAAGCCCCUUCAGAAGAGCAAACACUUCAAGGAAAAGGGAAAAUAGUCAAGUAUGUUGCUAGGGAAGAUAUACCUUGCCAGCCUUCCUCUAAAUUGCAGCAAGUGGAAAGAAGGUUCAUACCAAGCGAAAAAACAUCAAGCACAAGCAAAUCAAUCUCAAGAACGGGGUGAAUUAGCUCGACAGGGCAGCUUAAGAAGGCCAGGCAGAAAGACCAAUUCCAGGUCUACUUCAGCUCGCUUAUUGAUCAAUCCCAAAAGCAAACCGGCUUCAGAACAACCACAAGCGGCUGUGGUCGAUGAGAUGCUCUCCCUUUUCGAGAAAUUUGAAUCUGAACUCACACCAUCUACUGUAGAAAUUCAAGUUGCACUGCAAAAUGUGACUGAUGCACUUAAAACUGGACCUUCAAUUCUUCAAGACGCUGAACAGUUCAAGAAACUCAAGAGAGCUUUACACCUCUUGACAUGUAGCUCUGAAGAUAGUUUGGCUGCUGGUCAGAUGGCUAUCAGCACCAACUUUGAGCAAGAGGUUGAUAUUCUUGAAGCAAAGUUCAGAAAUGCUUCUUUUGUUGCAUCCAAGGCUUCACAACUGGAAGCCAACAAAGAACAGGCUAAGAAAGACUUUCAGGAAGCAUAUCGCUUGUUUAGGGAGUUGAAGGCUAAUGAUAACCAAUAUUAGGAUAAAAUGGGGAAAUUGAAGUCCGAAAUGGACUGCCUUAAAGCAGCUGAGAAAGAAAACUUAAGGAAGAUCAAUGAUUGUUUUGAAUGUGGAAAGUUUCAUAAGGAAUUAGCCUCAAAGUGCAAAAUGGAGCUGAGCCAAUUAGGGCAUGCUAGAGAAAAGGCAAAGAAAGAUAAAGCUGAUGUAGAAGCUAUUUUUAAGAACUACAGGCAGCAACUGACUUGAGUACCCAUUUUUGCAAUUUGUAAUCUGAGACAAUCCCCUUUUCUCAACAAGUAAUCUUUUGAACAUUAUCCUGAUAUAGAUUGCCUGCUAAUACAACAGCUUUUGAAUUGGU